UGAACACCUGAACACCUGAACACCCUGAGCCGUGUGCAUGGAUCACUUGGGGGCGUGUUUGAUUUGGUCCACCCGUACGUCCGGUUUUCACUGCACGGGCUGGCGGGGCAACAGGGAAGUGAGCGUGGUGGCUGUUUGUCUCUUUUGGUUGAUGGGAGCGGUCCAGCAUCGUUCUCAGGUGAGCUGCCAACUUCGCGGAGUCGAGUCUUUGGCUGCGCGACAACGCAGCGACGACGCGCCCUUUAAUUGGACGAAGGACGCAAACGAGCCGAAGUUUCAAUGGAGAAAAGGAAGAUACACCUAAAACACAUUUUCAUCGUCAUCCUGGGAGCGGUGGCGAUCUUCACCUGUCUGAACUUCGACAGGAGAUGGGCCUUUUUGAAUUCUUUCCCCGUGAUCAGUUUUGCUGCUUUUAGGAAUCAAGGACCUCCAGGAGCGCCAACGCCAACAUCACCAUCACCAACGCCAACAUCUCCACCUCCUUCACCACCAACAUCCCCAUCAGCAGAACCACAGUGGGAGGAUCCUGGGCCGUAUCACGUGGCCUAUCCACGCAACUACAAAUUCAUCGUGGAUGACACACCUACGUGCAGGACCAGGACUCCUUUCCUGGUCGCGGUUGUUCCAGUUGCACCCAGUAACGUGGCAGCCCGGGACGCCAUUCGACAGACGUGGGGGAAUGAGAAGCUGGUUCUGGGUCAGCUGGUGCAGACCCUCUUCUUGGUGGGCCUGCCCGGAGGACCUGAUGCAGGGCAGCAGCAAGAGACGCUCAAUCUGGAGAAUCGGCAGCACCGCGACCUGAUCCAGAGCAGCUUCCAGGACAGCUACGGCAAUCUGACCAUCAAGACUAUGGUCAUGCUGGAGUGGCUGGCGGCGCACUGUGUGAAUUCUUCUUAUGUCUUGAAGAUUGACUCCGAUAUGCUGCUCCACGUCCAGAAUUUGGUGAAGCUGUUGCUGGAUCCCAGCACGGCCAAACAGAACUACAUGUCAGGUUUGGUGUGGUGGCACAGCCCGGUUUUAAGGAACCCAUCCAACAAGUUCUACCUGCCUGAGGAAGUGAUCGCUGAGCCAGAGUACCCCCCGUAUCCCCUGGGCAUGGCCUACGUCAUGUCCCUGGACCUUCCCGGGAAGAUUCUCAGCGUCUCUCCUCGGAUCAAACCGAUCUUCAUCGAAGACGCCUACCUGGGUAUGUGUCUGAAGCACCUGGGCAUUCCGCCCACCGACCCCCCUGACAGCACCAUGUUCGUCGUCGACCCCGUUCAUCCUCUGAGCGGCUGCAGCCUCUCAAAAGUCAUCGCCGUGACGACGACAAGCAUCCGGCAGAUGACGAGUUACUGGGAGAGGAGCAAAACAGCAGAAGCCAAAUGCUGAACUUCAUAAUAUUUACCAUGAGUGAAUUUUGGCUUUAUUGCUGGUGUGGCGAACCUGCAGCUUAUAUUCAUCUCCUGGAAAUGAUACAGAAAAAAUGUCUUUGGAAGAAAGACAAAUCACAUAUUAGAUUUUGAACCCACAAACUUUUUUGUCAUAACAUCUCAAAUCCUCAAGGUUUCAAAAGUCAACUCUGUUUUCUUUCGGGGACAGAACCCUACCGGACUGAAUCCGUCUGCCUGUUCGUCCGUGUUCCGAUCUUCUCGACAACAGCUCAUCAGAUCAACUUCGGUCUUCAUCGGGGCGCAUCGCCGAGGACUCGAGGAAGUCGAGUGUCGACUGUGAAGUCGUUCUGGAUGAGCGGUUGUUGACAAAAUUGACAUUCCUCCAUCACACUCACGAAUCCAGUGACAUCACACGAGCUACAAACCGACAGGCACAUUUUGAACGAGUAAAAACAUUUUUAUUUUAAACUGCACUUGCUAUACUCAUGUGAUGUCAUCGGUGACAUCACUCUUGAUGACUACAGUUGCUUUUUUUUUUUUUUUCCCCAAUGGAAAAAAAAUUACUAUUUUAUGUAGAUCUUUGAACUGGGCACGGAUCUUGUACCAAAUAUCAUUCUGUCAUACAAUGUCACCGCUCGUGGCCACUGAAAUCUUAGGUGCAAUCGAUGACGGAGCACUGGAGUUCAGCUCCUCCAGUGCAAGUCUGCACUGCUUGCGAUUGGUCCUUUGUCCACAAGGGGGCGAGCUAACGUCAGAUAAAAUCCACAGACAUCCACUGCAGCUCUAAACUGCAAUUUUUCAAUUUGUCUCAGGAAUGAAUUUUGUAAAAUGUUCACAUGAUGCUUAUGAGUGGCACUAGAUCACGUAUGAAUGAUCAUACUGGCAUAGUUGUACCAACACUUUCACUGUGCAUUUAGGUUUUUUAUUUUUAUUAUUAUAUUUGAGUCGAUGACACUGCUUUUGGAAGAAGAAAAACAAGAAGCUAUUUUUGUCACUUCCUUAAAUAAAAGCAACAACAUUAAA